CCGGAGGAGACAAUACCAAUUUGUAUAAUAGUCAAUAGGCCUUUCUCUCGCCUUCUCUCUGCAGUGACUUCUGGAAGUACCAUUUCUAAGGUGCCUUUUAUUGGAUCGAUGACUUCAAGCACAUUGGUGGUUAAGAAUCUUUCUGAACUUGCCACCGAGGAUGAUCUCAAGGAGUUAUUCUUUAAAGAGGGGCCGGUGGGCAGCGUUGACUUCGAGUCUUCUACUUGUGCCGUCGUCAAAUUCCGGAGCAGUAAUCACGCAAAGGAAGCUAUGGAUAAGCUAAACAAGACAGAAUUGAAGGGAAAGCCAAUGAUUAUCACGUGGUGUGAAAAGCAAUGUCCUAGUAGUAAUGCAAAAUUGUGGGUGUCAAUUACUGGCCCUAUCAAUAAUGAUGACUUCGAGGCUUUAUUGUCCCGUUUUGGUGCUGUUGAUUCUUUUGAAGUGGUAUUGCAACAUCCUGAUACAUCCUAUCGGAUUGUGCAGUUCAACUCAGAGACAUCUGCUACAAAUGCCAUUAAAUUUUUCAACAUUGCUGACAAGUAUGGCAUGAAAUUCUCAAAAUAUAAUGAUUGCAAGGUUCUCUAUGUGGAAUAUCAUUCAAAAGAUCCAGACGAGAACUAUAUUGUAUCAGCGUUCUCUUUGUACGGGAAAUGCACUGUCAAAAUCGAGAAAGAUAGAAAUUGUAAAUCGAGUGGUAUUGGUUUUGUUAGCUAUCAUACAUCAGAAGGGGCUGAAGGAGCUAUGAGGAACUUACAUGGCAGAUAUAUUGGUACACAUCGUUUGUACAUAAGAGGUAUUGUAAUGCAAGCUGUGACUGAAGAUAACAAUCCUGAAGAAGUCUCAGGUCAUUAUUCUGUAGAAGUCCCAAUUUUUGUGAUUGAAAGAAAUCGGAGGCAAUUAAUUGCACGUGUCAAUAUGAAUGAUUUUCGUAAUAUAUCAGAUUUCCUUCAAUUCCUAGGGGAACUAAGGGGUGAUCAUAAACAUAAUGGUGUAUCGGAGAGAAUUAGUCUCACCAGUCCAUGGCCUGGUUACAAAGUUGUGUAUACACACGUUAACAGUAAGAAGGAGGAAGUCAUGAAACCGUGGGAAGAUGUUGAACCGUUUUUCAAUGAAGAUCGAUUCAAGAUCUCUGAGGAAUGGUUCCUUGGUAAGGUCAACAAAAUAGAGUUUUAUGAGAUCUCCGAGAUGUAGGCGGUGCCACUUGUGAAAUGCAUGAUUACAGUUUUUUUUUUUUUUUUGAGUUAAUAAUGAUUCCUUUUGAAUGGUUUGGAGGAAGACGAUCUUUUAUUUUUGUUCUAAUUUUUGUGGAGGGAUGGAGUUUGGUGUUUUCUUAUGAAUGUUGAAGAAUGUGGUUGAUAUAUUAAUAUUGUGCAAUAUUACAAAGAUAUUUUAAUAAGAAUUCCAAAGUUUGAAUGUA